GAAUCGCGCGCGAAAAUCGCGUCGCUCGAUAGGGCCGGAUGCGCACAAGUUGCACCGUGGCCUAGGGGCUUCCGUUAACGCACGUUGGCCCUCGCUGUGCAAAGCGGCGUGAGAGGGAUACUUCCGGUUUAAUGGCGUCAGGAGGCAAGCACUGUUGUCACAUUUUGCGCUACAGUGUUUCAAUAUUUCGCUUUGUUUAUGUCGCCCGCGGCUCGCGGAGCAAGGACGAGAGGCCCGGCCGGGCCUGCGAAUUGCGCUAAACGGAGAUUUGGCAUCUGUAAUUCAGUGAAAACUCAGCGUGAAGAACAGUUACAAGUUAUUGCAUCCAAAAUAUUCAGUUAUGGAAGUCACAACAGAGGAGGCGCAGGCGGUGCUGCUGGAGGGGAUGGAAGGCACUCAGUACAUCACCAUCCAACGGGCCGACGGUGAGUCCCUGAACAAGGGAGUGCCACUGUUGACACUGAAUGGCGAGCUGAUCCCAGAAGGCAUGGUCGUGGAUAUGAUCAGCGCCGCUGGCGUCGGUACAGACUAUGGCACAGGCACACAGUACUACGAGACGGACGACCUACUGCCACAUGAGCUGACAGAGAAUGUGAAUUGUGUGAUGCAGGACGACCGUAGACUGGCCGCGGCCCUGGUUGCAGUGCAGCUGCAUCAACAGCAGAAGCAGCAGCUCCACACCAUCCAGUCGCAGCAUGAGGACACAUCAACUGGUCUACCCGAUGUUUCGCAUCUUGAGACCUUGGCGCCGGUAAAUUCGUAUUCGAUUCAAGCGGUGCCCGAGUCGAAUACUGCUCCUCCGUCCGUUUAUCCGCCUUUGCAACCUUUUAAAAGGAUCACGCAAAAUGUGAAGCAGGAAUUCAUCAACGUUAAGAGCGAGUACGACAUUGAGGUAUCCACGGAGAGCAGCGAGGACGCCACGUCAGGGUCUGGACCUAAGAGGACUCUGCCGCACAAGAAGAGAAUACCUCGUAAGCUGAAACAGCAGCAGACGAAGAAGAACGCGGCGCGAAAAGACAAUAGCAAAUCAAAUCAAGAGAAUACAGCAAUUAAAUCGACCAGUGAAGUUCAAGCUAACGUUUUUAAAUGUGAAUUGUGUAGUUCCAAGUUUAGCAGUCAGUUGAAGUUCUUUGAACAUUUGAAGGUGCAUUAUGAACCAGUAAAACAGGAGACGCGAAUAGCUCAAGCGACAAACACUAAUAUUUCGAUAUCGGUGCCGGAAACGGUGACCAGUUUAGAAAAUACCGUUAUCGAAGAGUUCAGUGAACCUGAAGACCUCAUGGAGGGCAUUCGCAACGUUGUGGAAGAAACCGCUGGCGCUCGUAUCGACGACGACACGGACUCCUCACUACCUACCGCGAAUAACGAAUCAGCCAUAUGGACCAUUACCGGCGUUUCGGAAGAGAUACAACAACAGAGGGACCAACAAAUAAGAUCAUCGGCCGUUAGCGAGGUUAAAAACUCUACUAACGAGAAGGCAAAGACUAACAUUCCACAGUCGGCCAAGAAAAAGAAAUCACCGAAAACGCGAAAGUCAAGUGACGAAUUAACCUGUUCUCAGUGCAAUCGUUCAUUCCACCAUAAAAAUAGCUUAGUUUACCAUAUGCGAUCUCACAGCGGCGAACGGCCGCAUCAGUGCGAUGUUUGUAAUAAACGUUUCUUCGCUGCUAGUGCUUUGAAGGUGCACAAAAGACUUCAUAGCGGCGACAAACCGUACAAAUGCGAGCAAUGCGGGCGACAUUUUCGACAAUGGGGCGACUUAAAGUAUCACUUAACGAGCAUCCAUUCGGAGCACAAGCAGUAUCAGUGCGAAUAUUGCGCUAAGGAAUUUGCCCGAAAAUACUCACUGAUUGUGCACAGACGUAUUCACACCGGCGAGAAAAAUUACCGCUGCGACUUCUGCAACAAGACGUUCCGCGCGAGCAGUUACAUGCAAAAUCACCGUCGCAUACACACCGGCGAGAAGCCGCAUCCAUGCGUGGUAUGCGGCAAACCGUUCCGAGUACGAAGUGAUAUGAAGAGGCACAUGCAUACACACUCCCGAACGAAAACGAAUGAUAAAUCCUUGAACAGAAUUUUAACAGAGGGAAAAAACGUGGAGGAGCUGGAGGGAGACAAGAGGGCACAAGCAAAAACGAUUCAGGAUCUCGUGAGAGAUUUGAAAUUGGAGGUCGAAGCAACGAGCGUCGUGGAGAUUGUCCCCCCAGACGAUAAUCCAGAAACCAUUUUGCCACAUACGGGCGGACAAAACUUGGAAUAUACGGUGACGUCUACGGCGGACACUGUAAAUACAGAUAGAGACCCACUAGAAGCGGUUGUGCGAACGACUGACAGCAUGCAAUAUUUUUUUAUGUAAUCUUGAAAAUCUCGAGAUAAAAAAAAAUAUUUGACACCACGGGAUCUACUACGGAAUAUUGGUACUCAAACGGUCUGUAAUGUAAGGAUUACAUGAAAUGACUUUCGACUUUUAAUCAUGAAAUUUUAGUACAUUUUUAAUAGAUUGGGCAUAUUCAAAGUGAUUAUAAAAUUCCUAUGUAUAAUUUUGUAAGUAUUUUAAGAUUUAAAAAUCAGUGUAUUUGAAAUUAAACCGGAGACAACUUAUCAAUUUAAGAUUUGAUAAGUAAAUUGCGUUAAUACACUGCCUAUAAAUAAUGUAUAGUAUAUAAUAUUUCCAGUUUCUAAAAAAAGUAAAUAAUUUGUGAAAUCAAGUAGAGAGACUAGACUGUUUUGCAACAACCCCAAAA